AUGCGAAGCCUUCGAGUUUGGGCUGCAUUCUUACCCUACGCCGUAGCUUUUUUCAGUGGCCUAGCAUUUGCCGAAACACAGUCUCUACCGUCAUGCGCUCUGGACUGCCUAACCGACCUCGUUCCCCAGUCACCUUGUGCUUCCAAAAACCAGACAUGUAUAUGUACAAAUGUUAAACUCAACGAGGCGUUGAACAUCUGUGUUACGGCAAAUUGCACCGUCAAGGAGGCCCUCACUGCUGUUAAUGUCACCGACACAACAUGUGGAGCUCCAAUUCGAGAUCAGACUUCUUUGAGCCUCCUGGUCCCAGCAAUCGGGAUGAGCAUUACUCUGGCCCUCAUAAUUUUGAGACUAUACACACGCCUUAUCGUCACAAAUCUGGACAUCGAAUUGGAUGACUGGGCAACUAUUCUCCUCGGAUGUUGCGCGGUACCAGUCAACGUCGGUUCGAUCCUGCUUGGAAAGACUGGUCUUGGCAAAGAUAUGUGGACCCUUGAAUUCACUAAGAUAACCCGCAUCUUUUAUGAACUUCUUUACAUCACCUGCGUCGCCAUAGUCAAGAUUUGUUUCCUCCUCUUCUACCUGCGCAUAUUCCCCUCAGACCGAAUGCGAUCGGUAAUCAAAAUAUCCUGCCUCGUGACAAUCUGCUUCGGCCUGACCUUCUUAUUCGGCUUUGCAUUUCAAUGCUCACCUGUGAGCUAUAACUGGGAUGGCUGGGAUGGAGAGCACAAAGGGAUGUGCGUAGAGACAAACCCUCUGGUUGUCGCUGCUGCCGCGUUCAAUAUUGUCCUGGAUAUCUGGGUUAUUGCUCUGCCUAUUCCCAGGGUACUAACGCUCCAGGCAUCAAUGAAUACAAAACUGCAGGUGGUAUUCAUGUUUUCCAUUGGAUUUUUAAUUACCGGCGUUGGCAUCUACCGCGCCAUAAUGCUCAAGCUCUUCGCCGCAAGUACCAAUCCAACAUGGGACAAUGCUCCUGGUGGCUAUUGCUUUGCGUUCCUUGCUUGGUCGUCUAUUCCCGACAGUCUUUGGAUCCACCAAAGAGGCCAGCAGUAUGCGUCAUACCAGCAGCCAGAAGAAGAUAAGGACCGUUGA